AAAAAAUAGCCGUGGAAAAAUGUAAAUGUGUUUCAUGGAACUAACUGAUUUUAAUAAUAUCAGAUCGCAUGUUUUGAAUAAUAUUAUCCUGGGUCCUUUGGAUAAAACUUUUAAGAAAAAGUGACACGUUUGAAUCAUCAAUGAAAGGAAAAUGUUAAAACACUUGUCAAAUCGAUCUGAAUCAAGAAACAGUUUCUUCACUGAACUGAACGAGUCAUGUACAGACGAGGCUUCAUCAUCCAAUCAAAAGAAUGAGGAAGACGAAACUAUCAUUAAUAACGCUUCACAGGAGAUCCCUAUAAAAACUGAUACUGAAACCGGAGGUGGCAUUUCCAUCCUUCUAACCAAACCGACAAUACGACGAAUUAUAGAAAGACGAAAGUCGGAACUUUUUCUAAAGGAGACAUCAAACUUACCAAUGAAAAAAGCAGGCGAAGAAGAAACUGAUAAAAAUUUAAAACUGGUUGAAAUUGUAGAAGAAAUAAAAAAAAAAAACUCGGUAAUUACCAUACACAGACGAAAACGUGAACCAAACUCUGAUACAUCUAUAGAAAGUGGAAUUGCCUCACAAAUCGGUGGGCAAACUGUUCAGAAAAAAAUAGAGCCAGAAGAAGACACGCAAAUUUUUAAAAGUUCUCAAAAGGAUUUUUGGAAGUUAGAAAAUGGGGAUUCUGCACCACCGCCUAUUGCAUUUAGUUCGCCGAACAAAGUUCUUAGCAAGUUGAAAGCAGAGAGAAAAGCAAGGCAUCGAAGUGAGGAGAUUUUAAACAAAAACGAGAUUGUUAGCUCAGAAAAACUAAUCGGAUACAGUACCUUAGGAGGAAGAGUACGUAUUAAACCAAAACAAACUACAAAUGGAAAAUCUACACGAAUAGAGUUCGAUCGUAUGGCACCAAGAAAUUACCAUAUAGGUCAAAGUUUGACACAAAAUAAACGUUCAAAUUAUAUAGACGAAAAACCAAAAGUUCCAACAUCUCCAAGACCUGACACUGUUGGUGCUGACCUGUUUCGUUAUAAUGCAGACAACGGAGUCAGUUCCAAUCUUUUGAGCCCUUUUGAUCCUGCUCAUUCGGACACAAGCAGCUUAAGAUACUUUAAUCGAGACGAUAAAUAUCGUGGUAGUGUUUAUAGCAUAAGUGCUGGUAGCUCUGUUAGUAACAUCGUCCCUCAUACCUCUCGAAGUUACGGCUUAGAAAGUUCCGUAAGUAAGAUGAUACCUGCUUCUCAAGACUGUCCUUGCGGUACAUUAAAUCGAAGAGGAAUUCUAGAAAAGAUUAACGAGGAAGUCGAAAACAACAAUGAAGCAUUCACAGCUUCAAGAGAGCGCAAAAAGAUUUGUGAAAGACGUUGCAAAUAUGCUGCCAUUUUUUUGAUUAUGCUAGCCAUUUUAUCGUGCUUGAUUGGAGGAAUAUCACAUCAUUAUAUCAGCCAUUAUCCUCAAAAGCUGGUGUUAAAUCAGGGAGAUGUUAAAUUGUUAGAUGUAUCAUCAUUCUUUUGUGGAAGUGUAACUAGCACUUCCGAAAAAAGUAAAGUGGGCCUUAUAACAUUCGACAACAAAGAACCACCUAAACAUAUGACAUAUAAGCAGUUAGAAAUAAUCGAACUAGCACCAUUUAAAGUUUGGAAAAGGUCGUUUUAUUUAUUAAAAAGCAGUUCCAUCAACAUUCAACUUACUGUUGAUCGAUCUGUAGAUGUUAUGUUUUUCAAAACUGCUCACAAAUAUGAAGUAUGGUCUAGAAGAAAGCAAUCAGAGUCUUAUUCUCAAAAAGCAGUGUGCUGUGCCAACAGGAACAAUAAAAUAGGAGAGUUUCUUCUUACAGCUGAAGAAGACGACACCUACGUCAUUGCUAUUUAUAGCUCAGAAGAACUAUUUUCAGUUAAAAUAGAAGUUCGGCUAACAAUUAAUCGAAUAACUUAUGAUUUAUCGCAUACUACAACUUCAUGCGUCGCGCAAAGGCAUGGUUCGUGCUCAGUCGAUUAUAACUUCAACUCUGGAGAUCAGGUUGCGAUCGAAGUACCUCUUGAUAAAAGCAUUAAGAACAAAAUAUCUUCAACGCAUGAAGUGGAAUGGAACUGUGAAGCUCGUAUAUGGUUUUACGUGGUUUUAUUUCUUGGUGCGUGCUUAAGUGUAACCCUUUUAAUUUUAAUGGUUUAUUUUGUGACUACUAAAUGCUUAAAUCCAUCCAGAAAAUGUUGUUGUAUAACAACCGAAAGCAACCCACAAAAACACAACUUCGUGGAUUAUUACGAUAAUUUUGGUAAAACCAACAGCGAUAUAGGAGCGGCAGAAAGCAGAUAUGAUAAUCAUGGCGAAAGGCUGUCUUCAACUGGGAACCAUUUAAACGCAAUGUAUGGGAGCAAUUCAGUGGUGACGAUGAGUGACAGCUCUCGAUAUAUCGCUAACUUAUUUGAACCGAAAGCAACAACAAUGCCUCGAUUAUCUCUGACAAAUUCCCUAAAUCGAAAAAAUAAUAAUGUGGCAUCUAUAUACGACGAAUCGUUAAAUUAUGUAGAAACUGCUGACAGUGGCAUUUCGGUCGAUCCGAAAUUGAGUCCAACUAGUCAAUCAAAUAUAAAUGCGCAUGAUUUGAUACAAAUGCAGGAAAUGCAGUUUCAGCAGUUAAAAGCCAUGCGUCCAAAAACACUGCAUGACAUGGACUUACUUAACAAAGCACCUGGUGAAAAUAAACUUUAUCGUCCAAACUCCACUACCGCCUUGUUGUCGAACCAAGUUGGCGAGUUAUCACAUGACUUACUUCAACACAGACAAGACGUUAUCAAUCAAGGUUUUAGUAGCUUUUAUAACUUUUAUCACACGCACCAGAAUAAUAGACCGAAACGGCCUCAGUCUGUUAUGUCCGAGGGAGACUUUUACAAAUAUGCUAAAAGGGUUUCUUCUACCAAUCGAAGCUUGCAAAAUCAUCAAAUCAUGCCAUGUGGUUUACAUUAUAGCAAUCAGGUGAUUUAUAUUUAAUUUUUCAUCGGUCGUUGGCAAGAGUUGCUCAUAGAUAAUUAUUAAUUACAGUAUAUUAAUUCUGUGAAAAUGAAAUUUGUUUGUCUGUAAUUAAAUAAAAAAAAAUUUUAAAUAAAAA